AAAUAAUCCGCAAUACAUCGUGAAAAGCGCCGCUGCGGAGGAGGAGACGUCCCGAGGAGACCGCUGCUCACUCAAAAGGCGGGGAACGCAAUCACUUACAACCCGGAAGUACUAGAAAAUAACCCUCCGCUUGGACUGAUGGCGACACCGAGCGUGACCCGGAUAUGACGCUACAGCGACUUCCCCCCGGCUGCUCCCGGGGCGGGAAUUUCCUGCCUGGUCUGCGUGUGUGUGGCAGUACGUCAACGUGUGUGUCACCGCGUUAACGGAGGGAUGGAGCAGUUGUCAGAGGAAGCAGAGCAGCGGUGGAGUUGGUGGAGUCCUGCGUCACUGUAACACCGCCAGCAGGUACAUGAGAAAGUCGACACUGAUGAAACACUAGUGGAGCACGAUGAGUCUGGCUCUUCACGAGCUGCUGGUCUGCUGCAGGGGGCUGGAGAAUGACAAGGCCACAGAGAGAAAGAAAGAAGCUGAGCGCUUCCGACGGCUCCUGCGAACCCCCGAGGUCGUGCAGGAGUUGGAUCGCACCUCAGGAACUAAAGCAAAAUCCGCCAAGCAGCUCACAUGGGACGCUGUGUUCAGAUUUCUGCAGCGAUACGUCCAGAAGGAAACGGAGAGCAUGCAGUCCAGUAAAUCCGUCACCGCGACAACGCUGGCCACGCGCAAAAAGAAGAUGGCGGAAAUGUGCAGUUUGAUCAAAUACUUUAUUCGCUACGCGAACAAACGCGGGCCUCGUCUGAAGUGCGGCGAGCUGCUUAGGCACAUGAUGGAGGUGCUGCAGGGUUCGUACAGCUGCUCGGCAUACGGAGAAGAUUACAGCAGCCUCCUGGUGAAGGACGUCCUCUCCGUCCGGAAGUACUGGUGUGACAUCACCCCGCAGCAGUGGCAAGGUCUUCUGGAGCUGUACUGCGGUUUGUUCAACUCUUCGUCCAAGUCCGUCAACCGUGUGCUGGUGAACAGACUCAUCCACAUGCUGGUGCGCGGCUGCUGCACGCAGACCGACGGCUUCAGCAACAUCCUGUUCGGCUUCUUCUCCAGAGCUCUGCUCAAUGCCAGGCAGGAGAAGCACUCGGCCGUCUUGGAGCACCUCGUAUCGGCUCUCAACGUCUUCCUGAGGUCGUCGGCGAUGAACUGCCGGAUGAGGGUGUGUCACCUGGGGGAGGAGCUUCUGCCUUCCGUGCUGCACGUGUGGGCGGACAUGAGGCCCAGCGCUGCCCUCAAAGAGGAGAUGGUGGAGUUCUUCAACCUGCAGAUGUGUGUGCACCACCCCAGAGGAGCCAAGACGCAGGACACAGGUGCACAUGCGGAGGACUGGCCUCGGUGGCGCAGUCAGAUGUACAACCUGUACGACGCUCUGGUCAGAGAGAUCAGUCACAUCGGCAGCAGAGGGAAGUACGUGACGGGGACGAGACACAUCGCCGUCAAGGACAAUCUCAUCCAGCUCACGGCCGACAUCUGUCACCAGCUGUUCAGCGAUAACAACGACAGCCACGUCCUGGAGGUGACCCAGGCCUCCGGCAGGGUCACGCAGGUGGGGAGUCCCGGCCACAGGGGAGCCAGCAAGCGCCGCCGCAUGGAGCUGGGCUGGGAAGUCCUGCGUGACCGUCUGCAGCCUCAGCUCAGUGACUUCGACGUCAUACCCUGGCUGCAGAUCGCCGCGGUGCUCACCUCCAAGUACCCGUCCAUGGUGCCCGGCCGGGAGCUGGUGCCGCUGCUCUCGGUGCUGCUGCAGCUGCUGGCGGAGCAGCGGCGAGGCGAGAGGGGACCGUACGUGCUGCGCUGCCUGAGGGAGGUGGCCCGGUGCCAGGCCCGCCACCCGGAGGGCGCCUGCGUCCACGGGGCCGAGUUGGGCAGGUUGUGGGCUCGGGUGUGGGCCCUCGCGCUGCGGGGCGUCAGCUCGCCCCAGACGGAGGCCUUCAGCCUGGACCUGCUGGCCUCCGUCGUCGACGGCGGACUCGUGGACGUGGACAGGGAGUUCUGGAAGCUUUUCUCUGCGUCCGCGUGCAAACUGACGCAGAGUGCUGCCGUCUGUCUCUGCCGGGCGCUGCUGAAGCGUCCGCUCCCGAAGAGUCUCGUCCCGAGGUCGGGUCGGGACUGUCCGGGGCUCACGGAGGGAUCUGGGCCUCCGAGCCUGAAGGAGACGCUCAUAGCCUGGCUGCUGAUGAGUGAUCAGAGUGAUGAGAUGGAAGAGAACUCCAGACCUCACCCCAUCAUCUGCAGGGACUUUCCCUCUAAUCUAACGGCAGACAUCUUGGUCUCCCUGACGUUGAAAGACACCAGGGCCGGCCUGAGGUUUCUGCUCGGUGCCGAGGGAGCUGAGAGUGCCUUUUGCCAGGAACAAUGUUCAUUUGAUGCGAAAGACGACCUGGACGACAUCGAGAGGCUUUACCUCCAGUUCAGCUUCAACGCGCCGCCGCUGGAGGUCCAAGGUACCGGAGAGUCGCCGAGGUCGUCGGCGUCGUCAGCUGACGACGGCCAGUUCGCCACCCCGGCCGUCGUCCCCGGUCUCCGACACAAGCUGGAGCAGUCCCUGCUCUGCGUGGCCGCCACUUUACUCAACUGCUACUCGCCUGAUUCUCCGUCCACGACUCCAGAGUGCCUGGUGCGCUGCGUUGCUCUGCUGACCGGCGUUCUGGCAGGUUACGUCUCCACCGGGGUUCUUACCGAAGAAGACGCCGGCCAAUCACAGCUCCUCAACAAGGCGAAGACCGUGGCCCAGGACUUCGCUGGGUUUGUCUCGAGUGUGAAAGUGAAGAUGACAGAGGAGGCGACCAUGAGCGCGCUGAGGUCCGUCAUGAAGCUGUGCACGCAGUCGGCCAGCAGGAGGAACAUGGAUAAUGUUUGUCCCGUCGCCUCUGGUCUGUUCCUCAUGACACUGCCGGCCAGUCUGCUCAGUGAACUAGCAGAGAUCUGCAAACUGUUGCUCAGCAGCAUUUCCAAGAGAGCCAGUGUUGUGGACGAAGACGACCACGUGGACGAUGACUGUGACGUGACCAGGACUCAACCAGGGGACGACUUUGACCUGUUUGAGGACGGUGAAGAGUCCCACAGCAGCAGCAGCAGUGGGGCCCACAGGCCGAAGGGAGAGAACACCGACGCCUCCUGUGGGCCAGGUGCUAAGAGCCUGUUGGCGGAGGAACACCUGGCCCAGCAGGACACGGCCCUCCUCGCCGUCCUGGAGUUCCUGUGCGAGUGCAGCUCGGCCCGGCACGUCCGCACUCUGCUCUUCAAGCCGCAGGAGGUGCGGCGCCGGCUGCUGCUGCUGCUGGAGCAGGUGGACUUCAGCAAACCGCUGCACCUCAACAUGUAUCUUGUUCUGCUCAAGAAGCUUCCUGCCCAGGACUCGCUGUCUCCAGAGGAAUUUGACUCGCUGCUCCGUCCUCUGGCAGACCUGUGUGGUCUGUACCGUCAGGACCAAGAGAUCUGCGCUGCCGUGCUGCUCGGCCUCUUACCCUCCAUCAGGAGUCUGGGGAAAACCCACCACCUGCCGGAGGAGAUGAGACACGUGCAGGGAUCCCUGCUGAAGGUCUUGUCUGCAUUCUGUUUCCUGAGCCAAACAGGGAAGUGUGUCGCAGCUGUACGAGCCGCGUUGGUGCAAUGUCUGGUUGCUCUACUGGAGGCCGACCCGUGUUGUAAGUGGGCGGUCCUGAGCAUCCGGGGGCCCGACGAAGAGGAGGACCGCCCAGUGGCCGUCAUCCUCCCGUCUCACCUCGCAGACGCCCACCACCAGGUCCGCAUGCUGGUGGCCAUGUCAGUGGAGAGGUUGUUUCUGGAGGUGAAACCGGAGCUUCCUGAUAAAAGACAGAUGCUGCCGCUCAAACACCAGCAGGCUGCGUUUGAGAACGUCUACGUGAAGGCUCAGGAGGGGAUGAGGCUCCCGAGGAGCAGCUCCCCGGAGGACCAGCCGGACGAGGCCUUCAACCGCAAGGCCACGCUGCUGAAGAGUCUGUCCGUGGUGCUGUGCUGCAGCCCGGUGUGUGAGAAGCAGUGUCUGUUCGCCCUCUUCCAGUCCUACAAGGAGAACAACGUGGAGGAGCAGCUCAUUAAAAAGAUGUUGUGCAGCGUGUCUCGAGCGCUCGGCUACAGGAGUGUGAAGUCGUUCGUCACCUCUCACCUGUACUACCUGGUGUCCGAGUGGCUCGCGCAGAGACAGUCGGACGACCGAUACACUCUGGGCUCGUUCCCCUUCGCGCUCCUCGACCACGACGCCGCCACAGAUUUCUACAACUCCUCCUACCAGGUGCUGAUCCCCCACCUGGUCUUCCUGGACGACUUUGAGCAGGUGAAGUCCAUCGGCCGGCGCCUGGAGAAGGACUGGAGGGAGCUGCUGGCCGACUGCUUCCCCAAGAUCAUGGUGAACAUCCUGCCCUACUUCGCCCUGUCGGGCCAGGACUCGCAGGUCGCCCGGCAGAGGGAGACGGCACACAAGGUGUACGACCUGCUCAAAGACGCCGAGUGUCUGGGCAAACAGCGAAUCGACAGCCUCAUCCACACGAACCUGCCCGACAUCGUGGUGGAGCUGCUGAUGACUCUGCAUGAAGGAGGCGGAGCCGAGGGAGACGAAGGAGACCUGAAACGCUUCAUAGGUGAACUGGACCCGGUACCAAACCCACCGCACUUCAGCUCCUACGUCAUCAAGGCGACUCUGGACUACCUGAGCAAGUGCCACAGCACCAACCACAGGUCCCUGGUGGCCAUUCUGUCAAAAACACCGAUUUCCAUCCAGCGGAUCCUGCUGGCGGUAUGCGAACGAGCCGCCGCGACGACCAACGGCUACGAGCGUCACCGCAUCCUCCUCAUGUAUCACCUGUUCGUCAGCCUGCUGCUCCGGGAGGUGAAGGACGGCCUGGGAGGAGCCUGGGCCUUCGUCCUCAGGGACAUCAUCUUCACACUCAUACAUCACAUCAACAGCAGACCCGUUCAGUGCGACGAGGUCUCGACCCGCAGCCUGUGUCUGUGCUGCGACCUGUUGACCUCCGUGUGUCAGGCGGCCCUGCGGUUCUGCGACGACGCUCUGGACUGCCACCUGCAGGUCGUCGUGGGAACGCUCACCGCACAGGUGACCGGCCGGCCGGCCAUCUCCCAACAGGUUCUCGGUCUGUUGCAGUUUCUCGUGAUCGAGAACCAGCACAAGUUGAGCGGAGCCAUCAGCCGGCUGGAGCCUUUUCCCGACCUGCCGGAGUUCCGGGACCUGCGCUCUGUGCAGCACCGGCUCAAGUACAACACGGGCACCUUCACGCUGCGAGAGGAGAUCGUUCACUUCCUGUCGGUGACGUCCUGCGACUCCUUGCCUCUGACCCGACUGGAGGGACUGAAGGAGUUGACCCGACAGCUGCACGACAAGAAGGCACAGAUCCCAGGCCUGCUCAGAGAGUGUCACGCCGAGCCCCGCGACAGCGUGCUGGUCAAACUGGUCCUCAGUCUGCUGCAGCUCUGCAAGCUGGCGGCCAACCACCCGGGAGGAGCCGACAUACUCGAGGCGGCGGGGAGCUGCCUGGGAGAACUGGGUCCGGUGGACUUCUCCACCAUCGCCCUGCUGCACGGCAGAGACCCGCUGUACGAGAAGGCCGUGUCCCUCUUCGCCGGCGCCGAGUCGCAGGGUCUCUACGUCGUCCUGAACUGCGUGAACGACGCGCUCACUCAGCAGCGUAUCGAGGUGAGGCGAGCAGCGGCUCAGUGUGUGAAGAACGUCCUGGCGACGCAGUCCGGAGUCGACUUCUGGGAGCAGCACAAAGACAACAGAGACCCCAUGCUGGUCUACCUCAACCCCUUCAGGACGGCUAAGAGCAAGGUGGCUGCUGUGAGUGCUGCGGAGAGUUCGGAGGCCAGGGAGCAGCUGGAGAGCCAGGAGUUGUGGAUUCCUCAGGCGGGCGGCCACGAGGCCUGGCUGCGGGCUCUGUGCACCGCCCUGCUGGACUGCGGCGGUGUCAAGAGUGAAGCUCUGCUGCUGUCGAGGCCGCUGUGUCUGGUGAAGGUGGACGUCUGUCAGAGGCUGCUGCCGCUCAUCGUCCACUCCGUCCUGCUGGGCGACGCCGACGGCUCGUGGAGGACGUCGCUCUCCUCCCACAUCCAGGACUUCUUCAGCUUCUGCUGCAGGAGCAGCGCUCAGGCCUCCAGUCGCUCUGCCACGCCGCUCAACUCCGACUCUGAGUCGGACUCGUCCAGUCAGGGUCUGUAUGACAAGAGCUCUCUGAGAACCAUGUUGGCAGUUAUUGAUUAUCUGAGACACCAGCAGAGACCGACGGACUCCGACAGUAAAUCCUGCGGCACCGUGUGUAACUCCAACUUCUGGCUGGAGCUCAACUACCUGGAAGUGGCCAAAGCGGCUCAGUCGUGCGCCGCUCACUUCACGGCGCUGCUCUACACGGAGAUCUACGUGGACAAGAUCAGAGCCAACAUGGAGGAGAGCCGCAGAACCAAGUCCAGGGCGACGUACAAGCUCAGUUUUGAGGAGCACAGCCAGAAGUUCACCGUGUCCAGUCUGACGGAGAAGAGUAUGGAGGACGCCAGCAUCAGUCUGCAGGAGCUUCUGAUUGAGGUCUAUCGCAGCAUCGGAGAACCUGACAGUCUGUACGGCUGCGGAGGGGAGACGAUGACCAGCCCACUGACCAGGAUUCGAACCUACGAGCACGAGGCCAUGUGGGGGAAGGCCCUGACCUCCUACGACCUUCACUCGUCUCUGCCCGACGCCACUCGGCAAGUGGGAAUCGUGGAGGGUCUGCAGAACUUUGGUCUGAGCAACAUCCUGGCCACGUACAUGAGGGGCCUGGAGAGCGAGGGGGUGGAGUGGGGGGCGGAGCUUAGGGAGCUCCGCUUCCAGGCGGCCUGGAGAAACAGCCAGUGGGAGUGUGAGCUGUCGGAGGGGAGUGAGAAAUCAACGCCGGGCUUCCACGAAUCAGUGUUUUGUUCCCUGCAAGCGCUGAGGGACAAAGAGUUCUCCAUAUUCGAUGAAACGCUGAAACAAGCCAGGCGGGCCGAGGUGGAGGAGCUGUGCAGAGGAAGCCUGGAGGCCGUGUCCUCUCUGUACCCGGCUCUCAGGAACCUGCGGAGCAUCAGGGAACUGGAGAGCGUUCAGCAGCUCUUCUCCAGACCCUUCUCGGACGUGACCCUGAGGGACGUCUGCGGCCGGUGGCGGCAGCACUCCCGGCUCCUCGCCGACAGUGACUUUGUGCUGGUGGAGCCCAUCCUCUCCGUCCGGUCCGUGGCCCAGCAGACCCUGAUGUCCCGGGUGGGAGACCCCGACGGCACCGAGCUCCUCGGCUCGGUGCUCACCGACCACCUGAUGGAGCUCUGUCGGCUGGCCCGCAAGGCUGGGAGCACACAGAGGGCAGAGCGGGCCGUCUUCCAGAUGAAGCAGCUGGGCGGCAGCGGCGCAGCAUCCUGGACGUCAUCUCCUGCGUUGUCGUGGCAACUGGAGGAGGCCCAGGUGUUUUGGGCGAAGGGAGAGCAGGGUCUGGCUCUCGGCCUGCUGAGACAGAUGAUUCACUACCUGGAGGAAAAGGUGGAUUUGAAUCCGGCUCUGGCUCCAGUUUACACCGAGUGUCUCCGGCUGUGUGGGAACUGGCUCGCCGAGACCUGCCUGGAAAGUCCUGGAGUCAUCCUGGAGAAGUACCUGGAGAGGGCGGUGGAGGUGAUCGAGGGCGAGUCGGGGGUGCUUGACUCCCGGCUGCAGGCUCAGCGGACCGAGGCCUUCCUGUCUCUGGCCCGAUUCUCCGACGCCCAGUACCAGAGCAUCGACAAGUACAUGAACUCCUCCGAGUUCGAGAACAAGCAGGCGCUGCUGGAGAAGGCCAAGGAGGAGGUGGACCUGAUGAAGGAGCGCAAAGUGGAGUCCAACAGGUACACGAUCAAGGUGAAGCGGGAGCUGGAGCUGGACGAGAAGGCGCUGUCCAACCUGCGGUCGGACCGACGGAGCUUCCUGUGCAAGGCGGUGGAGAACUACAUCCAGUGUCUGGAGCAGGGCGAGGAGCACGACACCUGGGUGUUCCGCCUGGCGUCGCUCUGGCUGGAGAACGCCGGCGUCAAGGCGGUGAACGACACGAUGAAGAAAGGCGUGAAGAAGAUCCCCUCCUACAAGUUCCUGCCUCUCAUGUAUCAGCUGGCCGCGCGCAUGGGAACCAAGAUGGCGACCGACAUCGGCGAGGACACGGGCUUCCACGACGUCCUCAUCGACCUGAUCUGCCGAGCGUCGCUGGAGCAUCCUCACCACACGCUCUUCAUCAUCUUCGCUCUGGUCAACGCCAACAAGGACGAGAACUUCAGCCGGACCCGUCAGUCGAGGAGCGCUCCGAGGCCGACGUCGGCGUUCGAUCAGGAGCGUUCGGACGUGGCCCGAAAGAUCAUCGGCUCGAUCAGGAAGAAGAGAGGCGAGAUGAUCCGAGGGAUCGAGCGUCUGUGCGACGCCUACAUCACUCUGGCCUACAUGGACGCCAGCAGGCACAAGACGGAGAAGAAGGCGAUUCCCAUCCCCGCCGAUCAACCCAUCAUGCAAAUCAAAGACCUGGAGGAGGUCGUCAUUCCCACGAUGGAGAUCAAGGUGGAUCCGACUGGUUGCUAUGACAACUUGGUGACUGUCAGGUCCUUCGUUCCCCAGUAUCACCUGGUGGGCGGAGUCAACCUGCCCAAGAUCAUCGACUGUGUGGGGUCUGAUGGCAAGAGCAGGCGGCAACUGGUCAAGGGCCAGGACGACCUGCGGCAGGACGCGGUGAUGCAGCAGGUCUUCAGCAUGUGCUCCAUGCUGCUGCAGCGCAACACGGACACUCGCACGAGGAAGCUCAACAUCCGACGAUACAAGGUGGUGCCGUUCUCGCAGCGCAGCGGCGUGUUGGAGUGGUGCUCCGGCACCGUUCCCAUCGGGGAGUUCCUGGCGGAUCCCAGUAAAGGAGCCCACAAGCGCUUCCGACCGCGGGACUGGACCAACUUGUCCUGCCGCAAGAAGAUGAUGGAUGCUCACAAGCUGGGGUUCGACGAGAAGCUGCAGGCCUACGCCGAGGUGUGCAAGAACUUCCGGCCGGUCUUCAGGUACUUCUGCAUGGAGCGCUUCCUGGAUCCCGCGGUGUGGAUGGAGAAGCGGCUGGCGUACACCCGCAGCGUGGCCACCUCCUCCAUAGUCGGGUACAUCGUGGGUCUGGGCGACAGACACAUCCAGAACAUCCUGAUUGACGAGCUGUCUGCCGAACUGAUUCACAUCGAUUUAGGUGUGGCCUUUGAGCAGGGGAAGAUCCUCCCCACGCCGGAGACGGUCCCGUUCAGACUGUCCAGAGACAUCGUGGACGGGAUGGGCGUCACCGGAGUGGAGGGAGUUUUCAGGAGGUGUUGUGAGAAGACCAUGGAGGUGAUGAGGAGUUCUCAGGAAGCUGUGCUGACUAUUGUGGAGGUGCUGCUGUACGACCCGUUGUUCGACUGGACCAUGAGUCCUCUGAAGGCCUUUCACCUGCAGCACGACGAGCAGCAGGAGCUCAACGCCACGUUGAACUCCACCAUGGGCGGCGAGGACCUCGACAACCAGCGCAAAUCCAGCGACAGUCAGAGCUUCAACAAGGUGGCCGAGCGGGUGCUGCUGCGGCUGCAGGAGAAGCUGAAGGGGGUGGAGCAGGGCACGGUGCUCAGCGUGGGGGGGCAGGUCAACCUGCUCAUCCAACAGGCCAUGGACCCCAAGAACCUCAGCAGGCUGUUCCCCGGGUGGCAGGCCUGGGUGUAGACGGGGGAGAGGGGGAUGAAGGUUCCUCCUGCCUCAGCCAACAAGGAGCCACGGACACGUCGUUCCUCGUCCGCGUGAUGAAGUCGAGCCAGUUGCUUCCUGCUUGAGGUCAUUUUCAAAAUUGCCACAGAUUGUUGAAAGCUACAAAUGAGGGCUGACGCUACACGAACAUUUCAAAGUUUCCAAGAGACACAAACCGAUCGACGCCGCGUUGACUCCUCGCUCUCUGCCCACCGUUUGCACUUUAACUGAAAAAGUGUCAGUUUGUAAAAUUGGAAAAGAUCCACAACAACAAAAGAAGAAGAAGAUCAUCUGAUCAAUUGGAAAAAAAUCCAGAAGCAAUUUUAAAAAGCUGUGAUGUCCUGAUUUGUUCACUGUAAAACGUCAGAAUAUUUUUUCCUGUUUCACCCAGUCGGAUGUGGUCGUUGACCAAAUGUGUAAAAUUAUUAAUAAUUGGUUAUAUCUUUAAAAUGAACACACGCUUUAUGAAUGUAUGAUAUUCCUUUAAAUAAACUGCACUUGAAAAAUCA